UUUAUUUGUUGUAAAUAGGAUUAAAGGUAAGAAUUGCCGCUAUCUCUGGUCAUUUGGUAACGGAGUAAACAAAAGGCAAGGUCGUUAUUUAAAAAAUAUAGGAUGCAGUUCGUUAAAUGAACUCUCCUUAUACAGGACUCUUUGUUGGAGCGAGAUGAUGACACGAGGGGCGUAACAAGCUGUCUCACUUUUUCUACAGCAAAAAUCCUGAUUUGAGUAUCACAGUACAGGCACUAAUUAGGAUACCAUUAAUGAUAUAUUUCGAAAUGAUUUACAAAUUCAAAAUCUUCCAUUGGACACAAACAAUGCCAACUGUUUACAAAACAAUUAAAUAACGAAAACUAAUUAACGUACCAGAGUAACCCUAGGAAAGUUACCAGCUAGUUUGCAAACUUGUAUUUACCGCAAUCGUUAUGGAAAAAUACUCCUCCCUAUCACUUGUAAACAAACCGUAAGGAUAAACUUGACACAGAUAAUGUGAUACUAAAGAUUAAUCACUAUCUUAAACAAAUACAGCAACAAUUUAACGAUUUAUCGUAAUUAAUCACGGUUUUGAACUUAAAACAAUAAGAUCAAGAGUUCAAUGAAUGAACUCUGAAGGAAUAUUUCCGAUCCUUUCGAAUAAAUUAGUGUCUUAUCAACAUUCCAACCUAAGACUCUAUGAGUGUAUCUGUGCAAGAUAUAGGUACUAGAAUAUGUACAGAUCUUAAAUAUCACAUGAUCAAAUAUUAUUGCUUUGGUAUAAGUAGGUCAGGUAGUUUUUGAUUUCUUUUUAUUUUAUGGCCACCUCGUAACAUUAUAUUUUUUGCUGGAAAAUAAACCCCAAUACUACUACUCUACAACUAGUAGAAAUAAAAUUACACAAUAAAUCGUGCAUAGGUUUGGAAGACACAGAAAGUAAAAUGGAGAGGCUUUCUUCCAGAACAAUAGAAAUAAGAAAAUGGAUAAAAAAAAAAUGGUUGUAAAAUAUCAAAUAUGUUUAUUCAAUUUCAAUUCUCAAGGAACUCCACAAAAGCUAAUAUCAAAAAUUGCAUUAGCAAAUACGAAAGUGUUUCGCGAAAUUUGCUCUAUAAUCAUCUACAAACACAGGAAUACGUAUAGAAAAUGACAUCGCAAAUAUCGGGCUGUUUGCAGUUCAAACAAUGCUCUGAUAACCUCAGUUUCGAUUCAACAUUGCAUAGAAACAGUCUACGAUGAAGAGAAUAUUCCUGUUUCUAAUAUUAUGUGGUCUGAGUUACGGGCAAGAGGUGCCCACAGGCGCAAUUGUUGAUGUUAUCCACGCUGCUGCUCGAUCUUCUUCUGUUAUUGCUAAGUUGUGCUGGAGUCCAUCUAAAAUUCUGGACUUUUAUUCGACUUUAGCUGAACAGUAUACUCAAUUUACUACCGGAGAAGUUAUAAAUGGUGACGACGCUCAGUUUUAUGAUGAAGAGCAUCAUGCCGUAUUUCUGGCUGAUUUGGAAUGUCCUGAUAUUAUAAAAUACUUUCAAAAUAAUAGCGCAAGAAAUUUCUUUCGGGCUCCAUUUCGAUGGAUUCUUUUUGGGAGCUUUCGGAACAAUAGCCAGGAUGUUGUACCAGAAGAAAUCGCUAGCAUCGAUGUAUUGGUCGACUCAGAAGUAGUUGUUAUUCAGAGUAACAAGGACAUCUAUGAAAUGCACUUCAUUUACAAAAUCAGCUCAAAUCACACGUGGAAAACCGAGUUUUAUGGAACUUGGGAUGCGACAAAUAGGUUUCAAAAAUCUAAGCAACUCUCCGAAGCGACAGCUUUAAGACGUUUGGACAUCGAGGGAUAUGAAAUCGCGAUUUGUUACGUUAUCACGAACAAUGAGAGCAUUAACCAUUUAACCGAUGGAGUGGACGAUCAUGUCGAUACAAUUACGAAAGUGAACUUCCCCACUACGAACCACUUACUGGAUUUCCUUAACGCUAAGAGGAAAUAUAUUUUUGCUGAUACUUGGGGCUACCGAGUCAAUGGGACUUGGAAUGGUAUGACGGGUUACUUGGUACGAGGGGAAGUAGAGAUCGGAGGAUCGCCAAUGUUCUUCACAUUUGAACGGAUAUCAAUAGUAGACUACAUAGCCAGUCCGACACCAACCCGUUCGAAAUUCGUUUUCCAACAACCUAAGUUGUCUUACGAGAACAAUUUGUUCUUACUCCCUUUCAACACAACAGUUUGGUACAGUACCAUGGCGCUGGUCUUUAUAAUCUACCUAGUACUCCUCAUGGUCACGAAAUGGGAAUGGAAAAAAACCAAGGAUAGGAUUGAAAAAAGACAAAGAGAUUCUGGCGUCUUAAGAGCCAAUAUCUCAGACAUUAUAAUUUUAAUGUUUGGGGCCGCGUGCCAACAAGGAAGUCCUUGUGAAUUAAAAGGAUCUUUAGGAAGAGUGGUAAUGCUGGUCUUAUUCCUUGCUCUGAUGUUCCUCUACACGUCUUACUCAGCCAACAUCGUGGCUCUUCUGCAAUCCAGUUCAUCUCAUAUCAAGACCUUAGAAGACCUGCUCCAUUCUAGGAUCAAAUUUGGAGUUCACGAUACUGUCUUCAAUAGAUAUUAUUUUUCGACUGCAACUGAACCGAUAAGAAAAGAAAUCUAUCAAAAGAAAGUCGCACCUCCUGGCACCCCUCCCAGAUUCAUGACGAUGGAUGAAGGCGUCUUAAAAAUUCGAAAGGGUCUUUUUGCUUUCCACAUGGAAACUGGAGUCGGUUACAAAUUCGUUGGCAAAUAUUUCAAUGAAGGCGAAAAGUGUGGGCUACGGGAAAUACAGUAUCUGCAAGUUAUCGAUCCUUGGUUAGCUGUCAGAAAGAAUACACCAUUUAGGGAAAUGUUUACGAUUGGAACGAGGCGCAUUCAAGAACAUGGACUGCAACAUCGUGAAAAUCACUUAAUGUACGAAAAAAGACCAAAAUGCAGUGGGGGAGGAUCCAACUUCGUUUCAGUCAGCAUGGUGGACUGCUAUCCGGCUGUACUCAUAUUAACCUACGGCACCAUACUCUCUUUGUUCCUCUUAGGAUUCGAAAUACUAUUUCACAAAAGACAAACAUUGAUACACAAGUUGGGCUGUAUGAAGCAUAAUUACACCUGUGAUAACAGAUAUACACUAGAAGACAAAAUGAAGUCACCUUUAUUCUUUAUAAUUAUAAUAUUUUGUUUGGAAAAAUGUGUUUCAAUUUCCAACCAAACGAAUGAGCUCAAAAUGAUUGUUGAUUUUGUCCAGUCUUAUGAUAAACCGACUACUGUCGUUGCAAGAGUUUGCUGGAAGACAGCUGAGAAGGUGAAAUUGGCUAACAUGUUGGCAAUUGCAGAAAAACCAAGAAAUAUUGCGUUUUUGGGUAAACGUAAAGCUGUUAAAUAUUCAAAACCAAAUAACGAUAUCUUGUUUGUGAUUGAUUUAAAUUGCGAAGAUAGCAAUACUUUCUUUAUGCAGGCAGAAAAAAAUAAAUUAUUCACUAAGCACUACAGAUGGUUCAUAUUUGGAACAAAAGAAGUCGAUGAUGUUAUCCCAUACGAACUUGAAAAUAUUAAUAUUUUGAUUGAUUCAGACGUUAUUAUAAAACAAGAAAUGGAUAACGAGGAAUGUGUGUUAAAGUCAAUUUACAAAAUUAAUACGGACCGCGAUUGGAUAAGCAGACACUACGGCACAUGGUCACCUAAUUACGGACUCAUAUUAGCAAAAGAUAAUAAAAUUUCCAAUGUGAUGAAACGAAAAGAUCUGAGAGGAGAACCAGUGACUACUUCUGUUGUAAUAUCAGAUAAUAGUACAAAAACUGAGUUAUUUGACUUGAGACAUCUUACGAUAGACACUACUUCUAAAUCAGCUUACCGAAUCGUAUAUCCUCUACAUUACUUCCUGAACUCUUCAGCGCGACUCACGUUUUCUGAUACUUGGGGCUACUACAUAAAUAACACUUGGAACGGCAUGAUCGGAGAUAUACAUCUCGUGAAAGCGGAUUUGUGCGGUACGGUGACAUUCAUGACAAAAGAACGAGCAACUGUAUUAGAAUACUUGAUCCGGCCAACUCCAGUGAACUCCAAGUUUGUGUUUAGACAACCUCCACUCUCGUACCAGAACAAUUUAUUUCUAUUGCCGUUCACAACUAGCGUAUGGUACUGUGCUGCUGUAUUUGUUCUUAUACUCACAUUCAUAUUGUAUAUUAACACUCAAUGGGAUAACAAGAAAUAUGAGGAAUAUAAUAAGCAAAAAAUGGACCAAUCCUGUUUGCCACCAACUUGGAGUGAUAUCACGAUUUUUGUUCUUAGUGCUAUCUCACAACAAGGAAGUUCUAACGAAUUGAAAGGUACACUCGGACGCUUCGUUAUGUUCCUCGUGUUCCUAGCAUUCCUCUUUAUCUAUACUUCGUACUCUGCAAACAUCGUUGCCCUAUUGCAAUCGACCUCAAACCAAAUUCGGACUCUCUCUGAUUUGUUAAAUUCGAAACUCGAACUUGGAGUAGAAGAUGUUGCCUACAACAAAUAUUAUUUUUCGCCAGCAUACGCUUCACGUAACCCAAUAGCAAAAGCAAUUUACGAAACGAAAAUAGCACCGAAAGGUUCUCCAAACUUCAUGAGCAUUGAGGAGGGUAUCAAGAGAAUGCAAAAAAAACCUUUUGCCUUCAACAUGAACCUAGGCGUUGGCUACAAAAUAAUCGCUGCAUAUUUUCAAGAACAUGAGAAAUGUGGACUUCAAGAAAUAGACUUUAUUCAGGGUAACCAUCCGUGGUUAUGUUGCAGGAAAAAUUCGCCUUUCACCGAAUUGUAUAAAGUCGGGUUAAUGAGAAUAGAAGAACACGGUUUAAGUGACAGGGAAAACAAUUUGAUAUACGCAAAGAAACCUGUGUGUACGUCAAUGGGUGGGAGCUUUGGCUCAGUAAACAUGGUUGACUUCUAUCCAGUGUUACUCAUGUUGCUGUACGGAAUGAUAUUUGCUUUAGCAUUGCUUGCCGCUGAGGUUUUCGUACAUCGUCGAAAGCAAAAGAAAUUGCGCUUUAAUGAGGUCCACUCUGAAUAGUGGUUUUAUUUUGUAGAUGUAGAGUGUGCUUAAAUAUGUAGCUUCAUAAAGUAGAUAAAGUUUUAAUGAAAGAAUUGUUGAAGAAAAAGUUAAA